UUGGCCCCUUUGAACAGGGCCGGGCUCAACCGGCUCAGCGGGAACGCGGCGCGGCGGAGCAGUCGGGACAGCCAUGGGGGACCAGCGACCGGGCCCGGGGCCCGGAGCGCCGGCCAGACAGCAGGAGGAGGAUGCCGCCGCCGCCGCCUCCGCCGCCACCGCCGCCGCCACCGAGCGACGGCGGAAACUACAAGAAUAUUUAGUUGCCAAAGGAAAGUUGAAACCCGCAAGUGCAAAGCUGUGUUUAAAGGACAAGCGCAAUCAGCAGAAUCUGGCUCCCUCCAAAGCACAGCUUACAGUCAGAUGCCAGAAAAAUGGUAUCCCAAGCACAACCAAAAGUGCAUCAAUAACAGAGGCUAAAUGGUCGGCACCUGUCAGCAAAGUUCGUCCAGACAGACCCUCCAGGGCCCUUGUGCCUCAGAAGCCAACGGCUGCACCCCCACACCUUCCAAGGAAGGGGCCCACACUUCCUGUUCCCUCAAAGCCCCCUGCUAAAAGGCACCCUGAGAAGCUGAGCAGCACCUCCGCUGGACAUCACUUGGGCCCAGUAAGAGAGUCUGAAAAGUGGGAGUUGUUCGCAACAUCCGGGACUGUAAAUGGCUGUGCAAAAUGGAGCCGUCCCUCAAAGAGCUCUCAAGAAAAAGCAGAACAGGAUAAAGAGAACUUUGUCCGACAGGCUCUGAAAAGAGAGACGUCUCGGUUCAGCCUCAAAGCCAAGUCCCAAUUUGGGUCAAAGCCACCAAGCAAUGCCCUUGAAAAAAGUCAAGCUGUUGAGGCAGAGCUCCAGGAAAAGCGCAGAGGCCCUCCAGGUGAUUUCCAGCGGCAAGUCGGUAGCAUCUCAGGGGCACGGCCUUCCUCACAACUUGGAUGCUUCUCUACUAUUAGAAGCCGAGGCCAAAAUCCUAGAUUCGUAAAGCAAUCAGUAGAGACUCGACAGGCUGCAGGUGUGUUUAGAGGAUCUGUUGCUGGGAGGGAACAGGCAGGGCAGUCAACACACACAGCCGUGGGCAUUCUUCAGAGGGGGCAGUCCAUGCAGCAGGCUAAUGCUCUGCAGGAGCCGUCUAGCCGCUCGGUGACAUUAAGAAGAAAGCUGAGGCCCACGUCUGGGAGGUGCCUUUCAGCAGCAUGUGGUGGCAUCAGCCAGAACAGGAGCGCAGCGGAGAAGAAUUGGAGCAGCACGAAACAAAGGCAAAUGCCCAGGACCUUGGAGUCCGGCGCCAGGCUCCUGCUCUCUGAGUGCUGCACAGGAAGGACAGCACCUGGCUCUGUAAGACGGGGAAGAGGCACACCCAAAUCGAAGCAGCUGGCUGCAGGGGGAGGCCAAGAGCCGAAGACCCCGGGGACUCAGGACCGGAGGAAACUGCUGGAGCAAUGGCUGGCUUCCCGAGGAAAACGCUACAAGCGCCCACCAAUGACCCUGCCUCCUACAAGGCUGCCAAAGGCGAAGGCGGGUCCAGAGCACUCCUUCUGGGAUUGCAUGGAGGAGGAGGAGGAGGAGGAGGAGGAAUCACAGCAGCAGCAGCAGCUCAGGCUGGCCAACAGGAUUGCAGGCACCUUGCGGGAGUGCCUGCAGCUUGCAGAAGAGGGGGGUCCUCCAGCAGAGCUCCUGGCCAUGCUUUCCCGCAUUCCAGAGGCAGAGAAGUUCCCCCAGUUCUGGGUCUGCAAGGCAAAGCUGCUGGCCCGGCAAGGCCCAGUUGAAGCUGCUGGUGGUCCUGGGGCUGGGCUGCCUGAAGAGUUGCGGGAUGUCACUGUCGAUCCUCUGAAGGGUUCAAGCAAGACAGCCGGCGCCGUCCCUGCUGAAGCCUGUUUUCCCAGUCAGGAGCAGACAGAGACCAGUCACCAAAGCGAUGUGCAAGCCCUGGCUUGCAAGCCUAUCUCUGCAAUCAAGCUGCAAGUUCUCUCACUGCACAGAGCAAAACAGCCAAGUGCAAGGCCAGGCAUGAAGCUCUUGACUCCAGUGCGGCGUUCCCUACGGAUAGAGCGGGCUGCUGCUUGCUACCCACAGAUGCUGAAGGACCAUGACCCUGUGGUGUCUUCCCUGGAUGAAAUUAUGGCAACAGAUAAUGGUAGCCAGUUUGUCUUUUGUAAAAACGAAGCUUUACCUGAGGAGGUGGGAAUGGAUGGCUUUUUGACUGGGCUGCAUUGACUCAGGUAAAAUUUCACCUCAGUGACAAGAAACGUGCCAACGUCUCUUCUCCUACCCUGGCACUUGGCACUCCCUGUUCCUCUUUCUAUUAGAGCUGUGCAAAUAGACUGGAAAUGUAUACUUAUUGUAUAGAACCUUUUCAGAAUAUAAGCAUCUUUAUUCUUUAAACAAUUCAACUUAUCAAUGCAGACUGCUUUAGAAAAUGGCAAGAAAUAUGGUGUCCAUCUCCCAGCAAGAUUUCUCCAUGAGCAAAAGGAAUGAGGGGGAAUAUCCACAGAAAGGCAUUGUCUCGUGUCCUUGAGUCCUGCUGUGGUUUCUCUGCUGCCACAAUAGAUUGAGGGGGGCUUGAUGUCCUGCACCUAGCAUUGCUAAACCUCCCUGUAGGCCCCUUCCUUAAACUGUCCAACUAACUCCAAGGCAUGUGCCCAUGAUUGGUAUGUCACUUGACUUGACAUUUUGUGUAGAUUUUCUGGGUUUGGGGAACUGUGUGGAUUAUUCGCUGUUCAGAGUUUUGCACUCUUGAGUGAUGAUGGCAAACAGGAUGCCUUUAAUCUCAAAGCUCCCCUUGGCCUUGCAUGGCUUUCUUUGUUCCUCAUAAUUUGAGUUGUUUGUUCAUAAGCACCUUUUUAGAGCUGUUGCUGGCUUCUCUACAAGAAUCCACUACCUUGCAAGCAUGAUCCACCUGCUAUCUCUCUUUGGCCCUUGGCAGCACUCUUCUUUCUCAGACAAUCUAUUCCAACUUUGACUUUUGUUAAAGUGAAAGCUGACGGCCUUGUUUGGGGUGCAGGGGCCCAGCGAUGAAGCUGCUGUUCCUGCCACCUCCUGGCAAAACACAGAAACGCCUUGCAAAGUAGGUUCCUCCCCACUUUUAUUCUUUUGCAACUGCGCCAGCUUCCCCGAAUGCUUUGCUGUUCCCUCCCACCUGA